GUCUAGCAGCUUUCAGCGACAUUCCCCCCCACGCUAUGCCUGUCUGUAUGUUAUUUAGCUGAGUCUCCAGCAGCCUGGAGCCAUUCAAACCAGGCAGCUAGCCGCCGAGCUCUUUAAACAACCCACCGCGCGCUAACAGGAAGAGUCCGCUUUUCGCGACGCGCUCGGGACUACGUGGUGUUUUGGCUGCUGUCAAGAGGGACGCCACAAAGAUGUCCAAAGACACGGAAGGAAAGAGCGAGCAAAUCAUGGACACGGAGAGCAAGGUGCUGUGGUACCCGGACUCCAAGAAGAACACACAGAUGGACAAGUUCAGGAUACAGGUCAACUCGGACUACGGGCUUAAUCUGGCUAACUACAGUGAUCUUUACCAGUGGUCUGUGGACUGUUACCCAGAAUUCUGGGCGGAGGUGUGGCGCUUCUGUGGAGUUGUCAGCUCCAAACCGUACGAGGAGGUGGUGGACGUAUCCAAGCGGAUCUCAGAUGUUCCCGAGUGGUUUAAAGGAGCUCGACUCAACUACGCCGAGAACCUGCUUAAGCAUGCUGACCAGGACAAAGUGGCUCUGUAUGCUGCAAGGGAAGGGAAUGAGGAGAUCACGAAGGUAACGUUUGGGGAACUGAGGCGUGACGUGGCGUUGUUUGCUGCUGCUAUGAGGAAGAUGGGCAUUCAGACCGGAGACAGGGUUGUUGGCUACCUGCCCAAUGGUAUCCAUGCACUGGAAGCCAUGUUAGCAGCCGCCAGCAUCGGCGCCAUUUGGAGCUCCACAUCAGUCGAUUUUGGCGUUAAUGGUGUCCUUGACAGAUUUUCUCAAAUCCAGCCCAAGCUGAUCUUCUCCGUUGCUGCUGUGGUUUACAACGGCAAAACACACGACCACAUGGAAAAGCUGACAAAUGUUGUGAAAGGUUUACCUGACCUGAAUAAAGUGGUUGUGAUUCCCUACGUUUUGUCCAAGGAAGAGACCAACCUUUCCAAAAUUCCCAACAGCGAAUUCCUUGAUGACUUUUUGGCAUCUGGCCGUGGAGAGGGGGACCAGUUCCCUCAGCUGGAGUUUGAGCAGCUUCCGUUCAACCAUCCUCUGUUCAUCAUGUACUCCUCUGGAACUACCGGAGCUCCCAAAUGUAUGGUCCACUCAGCUGGGGGAACUCUCAUCCAGCACUUGAAGGAACACGUUCUCCAUGGCAACAUGACCUCCAGUGAUGUCAUCAUUUACUACACUACUACCGGCUGGAUGAUGUGGAACUGGCUGGUGUCUGCUCUGGCAGUGGGGGCCUCGGUGGUUUUAUACGACGGUUCGCCGCUAAUGCCGACAGCCAAUGUGCUGUGGAACCUGACGGACAAGCUGGGCAUCACCAUAUUUGGCACCGGCGCUAAGUGGCUGUCUGUGCUGCAGGAGAAGAAUCUCAAACCUUCGGAAACGCACAACCUUCAGUCUCUUCACACCAUACUGUCCACUGGAUCUCCCCUCAAACCUCAGAGCUACGACUAUGUCUAUCGCUGCAUCAAGAGCACCGUGCUGCUGGGUUCCAUCUCAGGUGGCACUGACAUUGUUUCGUGUUUCAUGGGCCAAAACCCAACAGUCCCAGUGUAUCGGGGGGAGAUCCAGUCCAGAAAUCUUGGGAUGGCUAUAGAAGCUUGGAGUACUGAUGCUAAGCCAGUUUGGGGGGAGAGCGGAGAGCUUGUCUGCCUGAAGCCGAUCCCCUGCCAACCGACUCACUUCUGGAACGACGAGAACGGCAGCAAAUAUCACAAGGCGUACUUUUCUACGUUUCCUGGUGUGUGGGCCCAUGGAGAUUAUUGUAAAAUCAACCCGAAGACAGGAGGCAUCGUCAUGCUCGGCAGAAGUGAUGGCACUCUGAACCCUAACGGAGUUCGCUUUGGGAGCUCAGAGAUCUACAACAUCGUGGAGGCUUUCGAGGAAGUGUCGGACAGUCUUUGUGUGCCCCAGUACAACGCGGACGGGGAGGAAAGAGUCAUUCUGUUCUUAAAGAUGGCUCCCGGAAAGCCGUUCCGUCCAGAGCUGGUGACGAAGAUUAAAGGAGCCAUCAGAAAAGCUUUGUCCGCCCGACACAUCCCUGCCUUGCUGCUGGAGACAAAAGACAUUCCCUACACCAUCAGCGGCAAGAAGGUGGAGGUCGCUGUGAAGCAGAUCAUUGCCGGUCGGGAGGUCGCGCAAAGAGGGGCGUUCUCCAACCCGGAUUCACUGGACCUCUACAAGAACAUUCCUGAGCUGCAAAACUACUAAAGAUGAAACACAGUUGAAGAGAGACUUUACAAAUGUCAAUUUUACUGAAGCCAUGUUAGGCAAGCGGGAUGGAUGGAUGGUGGGGGAAAAAUAGGAAAGAAAUGAUUUUAAAAUAAUAGGAAAUGACAUCAAUGUGUAAUAAGCUGAUGGUAUAAUGCAGGGAGGAGACUUUACACCAUAAGGUACACUGGUCCAUAGGCAAGCUUUUAAUACUGUCUUUAUGCUGCUGCUCCUAGUCUCUCAUGCUGUUCAAAUAGAUGUUAAACUGAAUUAAACUCUGGGUGUUAUGCGAUGUGCACAGCGGCGUCUGUGAAUAAGCUUAUGCUGGAAAGCUAGCUAUGGAAACGUUAAGCGCAGCAUUAAGUAUUUGGGUUCACAGCUUGGUUUCCAUCAUCCUUUCAAGAACUACAGUAGGAAUCUUUAACCCCCGAUGCUGCUUCCGACAAGGUUUAAGAAGAGAAACCCGGGAAGGUGUGCGGAAAAAAUAUACAGAAAACUUCACCUCAGCUGUGGCUCAUGUCAGCAUAUCAUUGUUUUAUGGUGUGCAUUGCUUUAUUGAUGUACUGUCUGUGUAUGCAUAUUAAUAUGAAGACUAAUGUAUAUUUUUGGACAAUAAACCUGUGUUUAUAGUUAUGCAUUUAAAUAUAAUCAUCGAACGAUAA